AUGGCUUUGCGGCAGAGCGUAUCGUGUCUCAAUGGCCCAGUAGGGUCUCUGACAAGGGCUGCACUGUUACCAUCCAGUCAACAUGCCCGGCGUCAGCUACCAUUGCAAGCUAGCCUUCGCCAGCAACCAAACACCCAAAUAAGUGCCCGGUACGCCUCCACGAAGUCCUCGAGCCAGCCAAGCGGACCUGUUCUCGCCGGUGCACCCGAUAUCACAAACUACUACACAAUCUUUGCCAAAACGCUACCUAGCGGCCCUCCACCAGGGUCCCCUUUCACCAUCUCCACCGCAGAUCUCAAGCGCGAAUUCCUGCAGCUGCAAAGCCUGGUACACCCGGACAAAUAUCCCAACGGGACCGAAAAGCAACAUGCAGAGGGUCUCUCUGCUCGAAUCAAUGAAGCUUACCGUACCUUGCUUGACCCGCUCCAGCGCGCGCAGUACGUUCUUCGCGAAUGGCAUGGAAUCGACGUGACGGCGGAAGAUGCGGCGACCAAGCAUGCGCUCGACCCUGAGACUUUGAUGGAGGUCAUGGAGGUGCAGGAGACUAUUGAGGAGGUUGGGGCGACCGCUGAAGGGGAGGGACAAAUUAAUGCGUUGAAGAAGGAGAAUGAAAGUCGAGUGUUGGAGUGUGUGGAGUCCUUAGGCAAAGCCUUUGAGAGUGGAAACCUUGAGGCUGCACGGAAGGAGUGUAUUCGGCUUCGCUUUUGGUACAGUGUUGGCGAAGGGCUGCGGGAGUGGGAGCCUGGGAACACAGAGAUUCGAUUGAUGCAUACCAGCUGA